AUGGCGCUUGGCGCUUCUGCACAAAUUUUGGGCAAUCUCGCUCAGGCGGCCGGUCAACUCGCUGGCAAUCUAAACCUUGGUGGCCUUGUAAAUGGUGCAGGUAAUGCUGCAGGUACACUUGACAUCGGCCCCCGUGCUGCUGAAGUUGGGUCCGAUCUGGUACAGGAUGCAGCACCAGGCAGUGGACAAGUUGGAAGCCUUGUCUCGGGUGCAGGACAGGUUGGGGGAAGGGUUGGCAUUAUGCGCCGAGCAGAGGAGGAUGACGUGGUUCAAGAGGGCAGUGGACAGGUUGGAAGCCUUGUCUCGGGUGCAGGACAGGCUGGGGGCAGGGUUGGCAUUAUGCGCCGAGCAGAGGAGGAUGACGUGGUUCAAGAGCGCGAUGAAAACAUGCGCUCUGCGAAAUUCAAACGCGUUUAA